UGCAACAUUUCCUACAAUGGUGUUGUGUCUAAAAAAUGGAAUUUUGUCAAAUCAAAGAGGUUCUCUUGAAGUUACCCGAGUACCCUCCAGCAUGCUCAUUGCCCUCAUGAUUGGAUGAGAAUCAACAUCACAUUCAGACUUCAUCACUUCAAUGUGCUCUGUGGAGUUUUCUGGGUUUCUAUCUACAUUACAUGUCUGAAAAGGUUUCUCUGAUACCGUAUACUGUUGAUUACUUUUGGUAUCAAUUUGGCACAUGAUUCCAGAAGUUACGAUAUGAAAAAAAAAGGUCACUGGACAUUAUUGACCAGUAUGACUGAUUGAAUAGCCUGAUACUGUACACCGCACAUGUUUUCUAUACUAAGACAUUAUUAGCAGCUCAGAUAAUUCUGCACAAACUCACAAACGUGUGUAUAAAUGCUGGAAUUUUCCUCAUAGCACUAGCCUUGUGGAAUGCAUCUGAAUGUUGACUUUCCAAAAGACCAACACAUUUGUCACUUCUUGUCAUUUAUGCGUUUUCCAUGGCCUACUCCCCUUUUCUUGACACUCCAGAGCUUUGUAUCAAAUCACGAACACUGCAUGUGCAUACUGUACCUGCAUCUUGUCACACACAAGCUUGGAUCCCCCUUAUGGUGCUGGGAGUCUGGGGUUUACUUAGCCUGGUAACCUGUUGUGAAACAAUCCUUAUAUGGUCUGUUACUGAUGUCCCUCUGGAAGUGCUGUGGCCUCUUUGCAGUUAUAUUAUAGUUGUUAUAUUAGGUUUCCUGUCUCAUUUUUUUCCCUUUUAAGCAAGAACCCAAAUGAUUUUCAGCAGUAUCGCAGCUUAGGACAAAUGUCAGAUCAGUGCAUUUAGGGUACGUUCACAUUUGUCAUUUUUGGUCGGGUAGUUGUUUGCCCUGCUAAUACAGUUCGUUUGUUCUGGUGUCAUGCACUGCACUGAACCCAGGACUGGACCAAACAGCCUGAGAGACGGGUCUUGAUCUGUCUGCAAGUGGACUCUACUGUAGUCCUGAGUGAGGAAAGUGCAAAGCUGUGCGGACCAACGUCACCAAAUACAAACGAAACCAGGCGUUGGUUAGCAAAACCUGUAAAGUGUAAAUACAGUAGUACAGUAGUUUUUGUUGCUAAUUAAGUUUGCUUAAGUCAUGAUAGAAAAAAGUCCUACAAGUGUAUGUGACCCACAAGACGUGAUGCUGUGACGUCGAACAAUGAAAAGUCACAUCCACGGUCUAGUUGAUACACAACUUUAUGCAUAACCUUAACUGUGAGCAUUAUUUGGUACGCUGACAAAAAUACAAGUGUGAACGCUAACCCAACCGCAAUCAAGUGCACACCAACUUUUUAAAAGUACCGCACGACAAGCGUGAACACACUCUUAAAAUCUACUUGAUACAUUUUCAGGGAUUAUUGUUCUAAGAGGCUGAGAGCCCUUGUGAAACUUUUUUACGUUAUAAUGAAUAUAAUCCAAGGAAGCACGAGGUGGGGUAACCGGUAAUACAGGGUGCCAUUUAGAGAGGUUAUAUGUAAGGUUUUGUCUUUGUUACCCCCCUUUUGUCCUAUUAUUGUUUUUAAUAUGUAUUGUAUUUUCAUGCCAGUACUGAAAAUGGCUGCUGUUAUGCAUGAUAACAAGACAAAAGCUUUGAAAACAGAAUCCACUUGCUGUCCAAGUGUUAUCAUGCAGAUGCGGCCAUUUCUGGUGCAAAGUCCGGUCAACAAUUAUACUUAAUGUACUUUUAUCAGGGAGGAUAAUUCAUUUAAAUGAGUCCUAUGAGUGCUAUGUCCUGAGAAGCCAGAUGCCUUCUUUGUCCUCUAAAUGCAAUAAGAUACGCUUAAUCCAUUGUAAUGCAAAUGUAAAUACUCUUAAAAUGUGGCUGUGAUAGACUUUUAACAACUGAUGAUGUGUUUAUGCUUGGAUUUUUUACACUGUGCUGUUUAUUGUGUAAACUGUUGUUGUUAUUGUGUAAACUGGACUUUUUCCAUUUGAGUUGCACCUUCACCCUUGUGUCAGAUCUCUCCUGAACCCAUUUCUUCCUCCUUGUCGUUGUGCCACCCAUUCUGUUUCUGCAUGCAUCUAAUGGAUGCACCAAGUGAUCUAAACUGUCUCACAGGAGACAAGAAGAGAGAGGAAGUGGGUGACUCAUGGCUGCAAACACGCUCACUGGAAGACAACCAGAACCAGAAUCACACCACCACGGUUCGCAUAGCCAAUGGUCACUAUCUGGCACUGGUUCCAGGCAACAGGAGGCCCAUUGAUCCAGCUGUUGCGGCACAAUUUGCCCAAAUCGCCCCACCUUUCAUUGAGAGCAAUGAUGAUUGUGGUGCGCGGGGGGAACAAUUGCGGCGGCUCGUGCAGCACCAGGAGAAACUCAGUGAAAUGCAGCACCGUCAAGAACAGGAGCGGCAGAAGAGGCAGUGGCUGGAGGAGGAGCGGCUCCGUCUGGAGCAGCAGAAGCAGCUGGAGAAGCAGCGGAGGGAGCUCCUCCAGCUGCAGCUGCAACAGCAGCAGCAAGAGCACAGACACCGCAGGCAGGUUCUGCAGUGGCAGCUGGAGCUGGAGCAGCAGUACCGCAUGCAGCAGAAACAGAUCCAACAACAGCAACAGCUGAGGAGGAGCCCAACUGGAGUCAUGCUCUCGCCAUCCUCGGGCCUGUGCACCAUCUAUGAAGCCAUGGAAACCAGCGACGAGGAUGAUGACACCAGAGGAGAGCAGAACAGGAACAUGCAAGGGAGAAGGCAAGACGUCCAUAGGCAGCUGUGUCCGCUGCCUCCUCAGGAAGUAGAGUGGAACAAGAAGGUGGACAUUGUUCAACAGCUCAUUAACCAGACCCUAAUGCUGUCUGGGGAUGGAGCAUGCCCACCCCUCCUGCUGCUGCCCGUGGGGGCAGGGGGCACUUUGAAUCGCGUGGAUAGCAGCAGGUGGCCCAACCUGUUGCAACAGUUCAGUCCUCCUGAUGCGACAGUCACCUCUGUCAGCAGCUAUUCCCCAGACGGCCAGGAGGCCUCCUCUCCUGGAGACUGGACUGUGGUGGAGGUGGAGACCCAGCACUGAGUAAUACAUGGGUCCACAAUGAUAUUCUUAAUUUUAUACCCUAAACCAGUUUAACAUAUGCACAGCAGGUAUAUACAGUGCCUGGCCAAAAAAUAGUUACCACUUGGAUUUAACUAGUCAAAUAAAUAAGCACCUCCCUUUGGAUAAUUACUGCAUGGGGGAUUAUGUGUCAGCUGGCAACAAGUUAUUAGAGUUAUCGGGUAAGGGUCAAUAAUAUUUGCCAUUAUUUUGCUAUUGGGUCAUUACGUUAUGCGCUGUCAGCGCAAGAAGGCAAUAAAACGUGACACCAACUUCCUACUGGUGGAAAAGAAUGCUGGUCAUCAAUCAGUCACGGUUUAAAUUAGAAGCCGUUUGGUUGCGGGGGGGGGGAAUGGUAAGCCAACACUGCUGGCAUCAAGUGGCAAGCUGAUUUAUUUAUUUGUGCCGUUCCUGCAUUAACGCAAUAAUCGGUCACGGUCGGGUUUUAAAAAAACAGACUAACACGUGACUUUAGUAGCUUUAAUACUGAUGGUUGAAUUUUGCGCUUAUCAUUUAUUACUUUUUCCAGCGGGGGGGACGCAUACAGAACAAUUGAAGGAUGCGGGGGUCCGCUUUGACGCACGUUGCGACGGCUCCGGUGGAAAAAUACGAAUGAAUGCAGUGUGUGCCUCGUGCUGGGCGGAAGAAAACUACCCUGAGGAAGAAUAACAUCGCUUAGGAGUUAACUUUUAGGACGUCAUUAUGUCCCCCAAGCUGUGGUGCGCCAGGGAAAAGGAAAGCCAUCACCAUUAAAGUGAAAAUGAACAUCUUAAAAGGUGAGAAAGGAGACGUGCCCACCAAUAUUGGCCACUCCAUCAUUGAGGAUAAAGAUUCAUGAACGCUAGAGGGGUUGUGGUUUCUGCCCGCUGUUACAAGGAGAUCUGGGAGGAGAAGAGGAGGUUAUCUUUCCAAAAAAGUAGGGAGUUGUUCUCUUUUUAUUCCUGCUGCAUUUAUGUAUUCAUGUAUUCUGUGUAAGGUGUGAGUGACUUAGGAGUUAAUUAAGAUAUAUGUUCCGACUUACAGUAACUUUACUUGCAUCACAGUCUAGGAAUGGAAAUGGUUUGUAACCCAAGGACCACCUGUGGUGUAAUAUCUAAUAAUACCUCUCAUUAAUAAUGAAUUAAUUUUAUUUUUACAAUAUGCCAAGGGCAGAUAGAAAGAAAAUGGCCCCCAGGCCUCACUUUGGACACCUCUUGACUUGGCUCCUUUAGCUUCUAAUCAGGACUUCGACAGUAAACAAAUAAUCCUUCCUGUCGAUUUACCGCAGUUGUUCCAAAGUAAGAACUUUUUUCAUGCUCAAAAUCCUCCUGACCUUAGGUGAUGUACUUUUAUACAUGUAUUUGUAUUUGAGGCAGUUGGAAGGGUCCCAAGGGAAAGACGUGUGAUCACAUUAGAUCACAUGUUUCACAGUCAUAUGACCACAAAGGCUUGACUUGAUGUCAGACCCUAAGCAUUCUUUUAUUACUCUACUGUGUCAUUGAUUGCUCGCACCCAAACAUGCAUAUGAUGUCUUGUGAGCUUGUUUUAGAGCAUGUUUCCUUCCCGUCUUACUCUGAAAUGCACUACUUUGCUUGUGGGUACCACGUACUGUACUCUUAAUGGACACUUCGUUGGGUACAUCUGCACGUUACUGCGUUUUCGAUACAGCUCUUGCAGGUGUGCCUGAUGUUUGUUCCCAAUGAGUUUACAAAGCUAUGACAAAAUUGCACUUCGUUUUUCCUUAAAUAAUCAUGUGAGUUUAAGUGUGUUUACAGGUAAGUGUCGGGAUUUCUUUUAUGGAUGUUCAUGAUAGCGGACUUCUGAACACCCUCACGGUGUGAAAAAAAAAAAUGAAACAGUCUAUUGUGCGGCGUCAAAUAGGAUUAUUUCCAGUCUGAAAAGGCUUUGGGCGCAUUCAACGGCUUCCAGUCACUAAAUGUUGCUGUGACUUCAUCGGACAACCAGGAUUUCAUGGAGCCAAUAGAAGCAUCAGUCAUGGAGGACCAAAAGGGGGUGUGAGAGAGAAGAAGGCCCUCCUUGUUCUGUCAUGGGAGGAGGGUGCUGUGGUAGACAGGGGUGGCGGUGGGGGGGAGGGUAGAGGGUGGUGUCAGGGGUGCAGUUGUUGUCAUCCCUCUCAAAUUCCAAAGCUGUCGCCUCAUUUCCUGGGUCGGCCUGCAUUCAGGGAGUCGCCAAGGUUACCGAUGAUGUCAUGGUGAGGGAAGAAGAGGAUAUUUGGGAUGAGACAAUGCAACGCUCUGGGGAGGCAGCUGGCGGGGUGUAGGGUGGGGGAAUCUUUAUUCUUAAUCUCUAGUCACUAUCAUGAGUCUUUUUAUACACGCUGUUGCAUAGACUAUUUUGUCAUUUGUGUAGACUGAAUUUUAAUCAAGGAUGCGCAAUAAUGUAUCAUUAUAUGUUAGAAAACACAUUGAACCCCGUGGGGGCACACUUUAAAUGUCCUAAAAUCGCAGCUCUGUGCUUGACUUUGAUUUAGCCCCUAAAUCCCUAAGAUUGUUAUGGGAUAAGAUACGAUAAGAUAAUGUUUGUUGUCAUAUGCACAUCAUAAGGAAACAAUGAUAUUCUUCCUUUGCUUCCCACAAUGAAUGCAAGUAACACACUGGAAUAUAAGAAAUAAUAUAAAAGGUCAAACCUACAUGAAUAAGAGUAAAGCAAAGUAACUAAACUAAAGCAUAACUGUGCAAAAUAAAUUAAACCAUGCAGAAAAAAACAUGAACAGUGCAGAAACAAUGUAACAAUGUAUAUAAACUAAAUGUGCAGUGGUAAGAAAUGCGUCAUGUGACAGUCAUGCAAUGUUGCCAACUUAGAGUAAGGGUAAGGAGUCAUCAACACACAGUUUAAAAUGUCUGUUUUUGGCACACAGUUACCCCCACCCUUUCUGCUAGCUUAACGUUCUCCGGUUUCAGUUCAACAUUUGCAAUAAAGUGACUGUUGUAAUUAUUAGUUUGGAUGCAGAUCCAGAACCCCUUUGUAAACCGCCUGGUCCAGCCAGCCGUGCGCACCGCAGUAGGCUGGAAGCCAGGACGAGUAUGACAGGUCUGCUAAGCAUCAAGCUAAAAGCCCAGACUGUCAACUCGAUGCUCAGCGCGGCUCUUAAGGUUCAGGAAGUAAGGUCCGUUACACCUAAAUAUGCCCCACACACUUAUUAAAUGCAUUUAAAGUAUACAAUGUAUAGGUAUUUAAAUGUAUUAUCACGUAUUUAGAAAUGUUCACCAACUUUUGGGGAAUGAGAUGCGUUGCCUUUUGCAAAAAAUGUGUAAGAAAGAAAAUGUUGAGAAAAGUCUGGGAAUUUGCGGGGUCGUGAAUGCGGAAUUGCAAAUGUGUGGGGAUCCAGACUUUUUUUUUUUUUUUUAAGACAUAUGCGAUAAAGUCUAGUAACUUUUUCUCGUGUUCAUGGAGACUUUUGGAGACACUGAUGCGAAAGCACGUAUCGUUCUCAAGAUUGGAUUAUGCUUCCGCAUGGUCACCAUGACAUCCCCUCCGGCGCCAUAUUUUUAUACUGCUAGGGGCAGUUUUUUCCAGAGAAAACCACAACUGUCGUUGACAUGUGAGCUUGUAAGCUUCCUUUGCCGUGAGAGAACAACGGCAAUUAAAGAGAGACGGAGAGUGUUCUUGGAUGUGGAACUAAUAAAAUGUUACAAUUAGUCACUUUUAUUGAAAAUGUUGAAGGCGUUCACUGAGGCAAGCUGGACGCCUUCUGAACUUGUCAUACACAAAGUCAUACUCAUGAUUAUGCAAAUUAGACGGUGAUCUCAUUUCGCAACUUUUAUGACAGCCAAUAGCAACAUUUCUCACUCAGGCGUUGGCAACACUGCAGUCACGUGACUGCCCCAGGCUAUAGCUUCCCCAACAUGGCAAUGUGGCAGGUCCACUGUUCUACUGCAUCAAGCUACCACCAUUUGACACAGUUAAAAAGCAGGAAAUGAGGCUACGUUUUCAAAAUAAUGCACCCAGUCGACUAAUAUGGAAACCUGUUACUAGUGUGCUUGGGGUCCACAAUUAACAUGACAAACCACAAAUGAUAUUAUCUGGUCAGGCUUACGUAAUAUGAAACAUAUUUAGUAUACAUUAAAAAAAAUAGUAUAUAUUAAGAUAAUAUUUGUCUAGUGUUUUAUUCUAAACAAAUUUAAAGGCAAAGUAAUUAAAGAAUGUUGAAAAAGCCCUUAUAAACCCUGUGAUUAUUAUCGGAC